AUGCAUCAACUCCCCGUAGAAAUUUUGGAGGAACUUCUCUCAUGGCUUUCGGUUAAGGAUCUUCUAAGAUUCAAAUCCGUAUGCAAAAAGUGGAAUUCAAUAAUCUCCAGCCAGCACUUCAUUAACUUGCAUCUCAAGAAAUCGAUUUCGACCCCUUCCCGCCACCGGAUUUUCAUGCCGUAUCGUGAGACAUUCGCUACCGUCGAUUACUACGGCAAGGAUCUAGAUUCCGACCGAAAGCGACCGUCGGUUUUCAUGCCGAGGCCGGAAGAAACUAUCGGAAAAUUCCUCGGAGGUGGAACUUGCGACGGUCUGCUUUGUUAUUUAGAUAGGGUUACUUUGAGAAUGUGUGUGUGGAAUCCAGCUCUCCGGUUGUCGAAAACCCUGGAUUUGAAAAUACCCGGGAUUGUUCGUACGCUUUUGUUCUUCUGGUUCGGGCGAGAAUCCUACGAUGAUGAGUACAAGGUUGUCGUAGGGAUUCGAGGUCGUACUGAAUCUAGAAAUCGCACGUAUCUCAUUAAGCCGUUUUCCGACAAUUGCGUCACGGAGUCGACACAAUCGGAAACCGAUGAUUUAUACUUCAGGUCCUUUGACGAGGGUACACUUUUACGUGGAACGGUGCAUUGGCUUACGGUGAGUCCUCGAAUCAACACCGUUGGUUCGAUUGGUCAAUGUGCGGUGUUUACUUAUAAUUUGGGCAGCAGAACUCUCGGAAAAUUGUCGACGCCCGUGGGAUUGGAUUCGAAUGGGGUGAUUGGAGUGAUGAACGGGUGCCUCUCUGCAGUGUACAAUGCUCGUCGAGGCGGUUGUCCGAUUUAUGAGGUUUGGGUAAUGAAGGAAUAUGGAGUGAAAGAAUCGUGGACUAAGUUUAUGAAUAUAUCGCCACGCAUUAGCGAUCGUAUAUCUUCUUCUACUAGGUUGAAAUUUGUUGGAGUUACUGAUAAAGGCGAUCUUAUUGUGAGUUGUGCUCCGAAUUUUGAACUAUUGAUAUAUAAUGUUGUAGAAAACAAAUCGAAGACUCUUGUGAACUAUGGUAACGGGAGCGCAAGAAUGUAUGUUGAGACUCUCGUUUUUCCGCGAUUUGCUUAA